AUAAGUUCCCAGCUAAGUAAGGUCACUCACUGGUUUCUCUAUCUGUCAGCUCCUAUAAAAUCUGAACCCCGUCGCCCUCCUCUCGUGCUCUCUCCUCUGCUUCCUUCGUGUAGAUUAUUUCCCUCCCUCCUUCCCCCCUUCGUCGCGUCGGGGUCAAGCCAGGCCUCCUCAGAGCUUCUCCUCCUUCUCCUUUUGACGCUUGAUUGCGAGGAAAGCCCGGAUCGAUCGCGAUGCGCGUGCAGUGCGACGUGUGCGGCGUGGAGCCGGCCACCGUGCUCUGCUGCGCCGACGAGGCCGCGCUCUGCUCCGCCUGCAACCGCCGCGUCCACCGCGCCAACAAGCUCGCCGGCAAGCACCGCCGCCUCGCGCUGCAACAGCCUUCCUCCCCCACCAACGCCACCGCCGCCGGGCCGCUCUGCGACGUCUGCAAGGAGCGGAGGGGGAUCGUGUUCUGCGUGGAGGACAGGGCGAUCCUGUGCGCCGACUGCGACGAGCCCAUCCACAGCGCCAACGACCUCACGGCCAAGCACAGCCGCUUCCUCCUAGUCGGCGCCAAGCUCUCCGCCGCCGAGCUCGUAGACCAGGAUCAUCAGAUCCCCUCUCCUGACGGGAGCCCCGACGAGCACGAAAACUCCUCGUCCUGCGCCGCCAACGGCGCCGAGGACUCUGCCCCUCCGGUCCUUAACGGCGUGGGAGGAGGAGGAGGAGGUGGAAGCAGUAUCUCGGAAUACCUCACCAACAUCUGCCCCGGCUGGCGCGUCGAGGACCUCCUCCUCGACGACGCCGCCUUCGCCUCCAAGCAGAAGGGGCGGGACGAUGAGGUGCCGUUCCUGGACGCCGACCUGUUCGACGUGGUCGCCGCCGGGGCGCGGCCGGAGAAGCGCGGCGGCGCGUGGGACCAGGCGCCGCACGUGCCGCAGCCGGCGUGGGCGAGCCUCGAGGAGGUGGUGCCGGCGCCCAAGGCCAAGGCAAAGCAGCAGCAGGGGCGCGUGCGGGAGUGGUACCACAGCGACAGCGACAGCGACGUGUUCGCCGUGCCGGAGAUCUCGCCGACGCCGCCCGCCAAGCGGGCGCGGCCGUCGCCCUUCUGGUGCCUCUGAGCUACGGCAUCAAUCACGGUGGACAAAUCACUCGCGCCCGCGCGCGCAGCAAAUCCGGCGAGGUAGCAGCUAGCUCGAUCGAUCGAUCGAUCGCUAGUGUAAUCCUUGCAAGCUUGCUGUCAGAAGCACUGAGCUAAUGCUGCUAGCUAGCUACCGCUACCGCUAGUACUGAACUCUAAUUAAUUUUGGUGCAACUACUAUGCUAUGCUGUUAUGUACUAGUAUGAAACUGAGUUGUCGCGUUAUAAAUUCCGAAUAAGUAAUGUGUCAUCAUCAUCUCCUUCAACUAUCA